UUGGUUAAAGGGAAAAUGGGUCAUGGAAUGGAAGACUAUAUUGUGGCAGAAACUAGGGAAGUCAAUGGCCAUGAGCUUGGACUAUAUGCAAUUUUCGAUGGUCACUCAGGACGAUAUGUUGCAGAAUACUUACAAUCUCAUCUCUUUGAUAACAUAUUAAGUCAGCCUGAUUUCUGGACAAGUCCUAAGAAGGCUAUCAAGAGAGCAUACAAAGCCACAGAUGAUGAGAUUCUGAAUAAAGUAGUGGAAUCACGAGGUGGGUCGACUGCAGUUACAGCAAUACUAAUUGACAGAGAGAAGCUAAUCGUGGCGAAUGUGGGAGAUUCUCGAGCAAUCUUAUGCAGAAAUGGUACCACAAAACCCAUAACAGUGGAUCAUGAGCCCCAGAAAGAGAAAAAACUUGUUGAGAGCAGAGGUGGAUUUGUGUCUAAAAGGCCAGGGAGUGUUCCACGUGUGGACGGGCAGUUGGCAAUGACAAGAGCUUUCGGAGAUGGGAAACUGAAGGAUCACAUUACUUCAGAACCAGAUGUGAGGACGGAGAUGAUAGACAGGGAUACUGAAUUCCUCAUUUUGGCUAGUGAUGGCCUGUGGAAGGUGAUGUCGAACCAAGAGGCUUCGGAUUACAUUAGGGUGUUGGAUGAUGCUCAAGAAAAAGCGGAGAAGUUAAUUGAAGAGGCUUUGUCGAGGAUAAGUCUUGAUGAUAUCUCAUGUAUAGUUGUUAUGUUUACAUGAAGAAUCUUAAGAAGCUUUCUGGAAAUUGAGAGAUUUUGUACUCUUUUCGA